UGUGCAGAACGAAACAAAACAAGAGUUUACUACAACAUUCGACCACUGCCAACGUUGCUUUAUACACCGUUAAAUCGUCUGGGCUUACGGCGGUGGGAACAUGGCCGUCUUACUGAAAAUGUCAACCUUGUUACAUCGUGUAACUGUAAUGGUGAUUAUAGUUGCCACUUUAGGAAUUAAACUCGAAGCUUCUCCGCUAUCACAUGUAAAAGAUAAAUCCCGAAACUGUGGUCUGAACGGCUUUACCUGCAGCGAUGGUACGUGCAUUGAAGCAAGCAUGCAGUGCGACUGGUAUUACGACUGCAACGACCAAAGUGACGAACAUCAACAUUGCAAAUACACAGGAUUUACUUGUGAGGAUGGACAGGGACUUGUUGCUGAUGCGUGGUUGUGUGAUGGCCAAUCAGACUGCCAGGAUAACUCUGACGAAAAACAGGAAAACUGCAUCAAGCCAAAGUGUGAUUCAAGCAAGUGUGACAACGGCACCGUAUGUUUGGACGAUUCUCAAGUAUGUGACGGAGUAAAAGAUUGCCAAGAUGGGUCAGACGAGGAACAAGAAGACUGCGACAGCAUGAGGGCUACCUGUUUUCGGUGUGACGCUGGUAAGAGGUGUAUCAAGUCAUCCUGGGUGUGUGAUAACCUCGCGGACUGCGAAGAUUUCUCUGAUGAAAUGCCAGAGACUUGUGGCUAUGACGUUAAUGAUCGUUGCUGGACGGGUGCAUUUCUAUGUGGUCAUGGCUACUUUUGUGUGCCACAGAAAUGGAGAUGUGAUGAAGAAGAUGAUUGUGGAGACAACUCUGAUGAGGUUGAAUGCGAUGUUGAAUCUAUAUGGGAACCAGCGUAUGGCUGGAGUUCAUGGUCCUUUUGGUCCGAGUGUAGCACAUUCUGCGGACCUGGUAUGAGGACCCGCUAUAGAACGUGCCACCAACUGAGUUCCACAUGUUCUGGAAAAGAAAUUGCAUCCGAGGAAUGUCAGUUGGAAGAAUGUGUUGUAGAAAAAGCGGCGGGUUGCGGAACAAGAAAACCUCAAGAGGGGAACAUUGUGAAGCGAGUUAUUGGUGGCAAGGAGGCAGACCGUGGUGGUUGGCCCUGGCAGGCACAGCUGAUCUAUAAGUACUCAAGCAGUCAGUACGGCGCUGUGUGUGGCGGUACGCUGGUUCAUAACAACAUUGUACUGACGGCCGCUCACUGCUUCAUGGGUACUAUGGAAAACGAAAUGCUAUGGGAAGUCCACCUCGGCAAACACACCAUCAAUAUGGAUCUGGUCAACCAUGAGAAGCGCGCCAAUAUUAAGAGGAUCAUCAAGCACUCUGGGUACGAUCCAAGGACGACGCGCAACGAUGUCGCCAUCUUGAUACUGGACAAGCCUAUCGAAUUGGAUGGUCAGCAUAUAAACACAGCUUGCCUCGAUCGUGAAUUGGACAUGAUCAAUAAGAUACCAUGCUUUGUGACUGGAUGGGGACUCACAGAAAUGGGAGGAACACAGGCGCCCAACCUCCAACAGGCCCAAGUACCAAUUAUACACCAGAAGAUAUGCAGCCACCAAGAUGUUUACUCGCACAUGAUGACAGACGGCAUGAUUUGUGCGGGUUACUUGCACGGACAGGUGGACGCUUGUCAGGGUGAUUCUGGUGGGCCACUGGUGUGCGAGCUGGACGAUGGUCGAUGGCACGUUGUGGGCAUCACAAGCUGGGGCCGAGGCUGCGCACUACCCCUUAAUCCAGGAGUGUACACCAAAGUAGCAUACUACCAACAAUGGAUUGAUAAUCUCAUAUUUGAGCACGGCGUUCAACCUGAUAAUUAACCCUUUUGAGAGCAUUGUCCAAUUUCGUAGCGCUGCUUUAAUUAGCGGCUGAUGUUUUGCUUACUGUGCGAUUUCUAUUUCAUAGUGCUGCUGACCAUAAGCACACGAAAAGGCAUGCUAACCU